UCCCCAAAAACAAAUAUUUGCUUGAAUCCGUUGGUCAUUAUUUAAUAUUUGGGGACAUGUAUUCCCUGCAACACCCGCAAAUCGAUGAGCGAUUUUUGGAUUCGGAAUCAACAGUUGAAGAGGUGGUCAAGUUACUGGAAAACCUUCGCGUGCCCCAAGAGGAGGAAGAAGGAGUUGAUCAAGCAGUUGUUCAAAAGGACCCAAAACCUAUGAUUUUAACAGAUGACAAUUUUAUAAUAACUGAUCGGAAACAAUCUUCAGCUGCUAUUUCUGCUUCCAAAGAUACGGUUCCCAAAAAUAAAUCGAUCCCGAGAACUUUUAAACGUAUAGAUCGGAGUAAAGAUCGAUUUCCUUUUAUGCGCCAAGUGGAAAUGGAUCUCGAUCAACGCUCUAAAGCUCGAUUGGAGAGAGAACGAGUGGCUCAAAACUUUCGAAAAUUGGGAAACGCUGAGUACCGAAAGGGCAACUACGAGACUGCUAUGAAAAUGUACACCGAAGCCAUUGAGAAUAUCCGGGAUAGCCACAUUCUCUACAUAAAUAGAGCUCUCUGCUUCAUCAAAUCGGGCAAAUACAAACGAGGCAUAGUCGACUGCGAUUUCGUGUUGAACAAAUUGGAUGAGAAGAACCUGAGGGCGUGGAUGUAUCGUGCUAUGGCCUACAAAGGCCUCAAUGAUGAGUCCAAUUUCGAGAACUGUGUUAAAUAUGCCCGCAAAUUCAAUUCGAAGCAGAUGGAGUUCAUUGAUAAUUUCCUGGAAAAGCUUAAAUAA